GAUGGUGUAAAUUUCCACGAAUAAGUUAACUUCCUUGUUUCCCAUCUGUUUUCUUUUCGAAAUUAGACUGAACUGCUACGGAAACGCCGAAAAUACUAAACUAUUAGUCUCCUAACGACGAUGAUUCAGAAGAAAAGUUAACCUUAAAGAUUACUAAUAUUUUUUUAGGAACUCGUAAAUGAAAAUAAUCUGGACAAACAAAGCUUGUCAGCAGCAUUCCGCAUAUUUGCCGUUGACAUUUCUAAUCUAAAUCUCGAAAACCUCCUGGUAUUUUCUCCUCUAUAAAUUGAGAUUGUUCUGCUGUGGCUCUGAACACCAGGUGGCAAAAUGCGAAGAGGUGUUGGUGCGGGAGCCAUUGCCAAAAAGAAGCUGGCAGAGGCUAAGUAUAAAGAAAGAGGUACUGUUCUUGCAGAAGAUCAGAUUGUCCAGAUGUCCAAACAGUUAGAAACCUUCAAGUCCAACCUGGAAGAGUUUGCCAGCAAACACAAACAAGAGAUUCGCAAGAACUCCCAGUUCAGGGUCCAGUUUCAGGAAAUGUGUGCCACUAUUGGAGUUGACCCUCUUGCAUCUGGAAAAGGAUUCUGGUCUGAGAUGCUUGGUGUUGGUGAUUUUUAUUACGAGCUUGGUGUACAAAUCAUUGAAGUCUGUCUGGCUCUGAAGCACAGAAAUGGAGGACUUAUAACUUUAGAUGAGCUUCAUCAGCGAGUUCUGAAGGGACGCGGUAAAUAUGCCCAAGAUGUGAGCCAGGACGACUUGGUAAGAGCCAUAAAAAAACUGAAAGCAAUGGGGAGUGGUUUUGGGAUGAUUCCUGUUGGUGGUUCCUACUUGGUUCAGUCAGUUCCAGCAGAGCUCAAUAUGGAUCACACUGUAGUUCUACAGCUGGCUGAGAAAAAAGGAUAUGUUACUGUUAGUGAAAUCAAGGAUGGUCUAAAAUGGGAGAAGGAAAGAGCCUGUCAUGUCUUGGAUCACUUGCUAAAGGAAGGCCUGGCUUGGCUUGACUCUCAGGCGGCUGGAGAGCCUCAAUACUGGCUGCCGGCGCUCUUCUCCGAGCUUUCGUCUCGUGACGUCACACCAGAGGAGGCCAACCAGAUGACACCUUGAUGAAUGGAUUUGUGUCACUUGAUGGAUGCCAUAUCUAGAGACAUUUGUAAACAAAAUAUAUCUGGAGAUGACGCACAUUUCUGUCCCCUCUGCACCGCCCUCUGUUACUUUAGCCCAGAGUUGGUGACCUUUGAUAAAACCUUUGAGUCAAAGUGGUUUAAAAGACUGGAUUAAAAAUUCAGUGUGUUGAAACUUGCUUUAUACUUAUUAGGGAACAUUUAUUAUGUACAUAAUCCGAAAAAGAAGAGGUUUCCUGUAUAAAAAAUAAAGCUUAACUAAAACUGA